AUGGCGGCUAACUGCAGAGCAAACCACAACGGCUCUGCUUCAAUUACUUCAACAUGUGGUGUGGAGGAGGAAUUGCCCAUAUACUGCGAUGUUGGAUAUUGUCCCGACCUCGAAAGUGCAGACACAGUAAUACUGAGUCGAUUCGAGCAGUAUGUGUUGCCAACGUCCAUGCUAACCGAGGCUAACUGGACCAGCAUUAAACCCGGUGAUACCCAUGGCUACAUGGCUGUUGACCAUACCCACAAGACUAUCGCUCUUUCCUUCCGGGGAUCGGUGUCUAUCGAGAAUUGGUUGACUGAUUUCCACACGUUCCACAAAGAUGUAACUGGAAUCAACGGCUGUGUCGGUUGCAAAGCCCAUGCUGGAUUCUGGGACGCUACUCAGGCGGUUUCGGGUUGUGUGUUCCCCAGGGUCCGGGUCGCCGCACAACAGUAUCCGUGGAAUAGAAUUGUCUUUACUGGUCACAGUCUGGGCGGUGCGCUGGCGACAGUUGCAGCUGCCUUGUUUCGGCAAGAAGCAGAAGUUGAUCUGUAUACAUUCGGAGCCCCAUCAGUAGGGAACUAUGAGUUUGCCAAGUUCGUAUCAGAACAGACUGCUGGUGAUAACUACCGCAUCACUCAUCGUAGUGAUAUCGUUUCAAGUGGUCCUACGCGUCUCAAAUGGGAAUGGCCAUUAGCCCGUGAAUGGAGUCAAUUGACUCCUGAGUACUGGAUCACAAGCGGUCACGGGCUUCCUGUUAUGACUACUGACAUUCAACGUAUCGACGGGAUCAACAGCACAGAUGGGAACCUUGGACGAGAGGGAACGUGGAUUGACCAUUAUUGGUACAUGAUCGACACCAGGCCCUGUGCAGAGGUCUGA